AUGAUUAUCCCCGUUCGCUGCUUCUCUUGCGGCAAGGUCACUGGAGACCUGUGGGAGCGCUACCUCAAGCUCAUCGACGACGGUAUUACGGAUGGCGACGCGAUGGACCAGCUGGGUCUGAAGCGCUACUGCUGCCGCCGUAUGGUCAUGACCCACGUUGACCUCAUCGAGAAGCUCCUCAAGUACGCGCACCCGUCGAUCACACGUGCCGGAGUGCUCUUAAAAACUUACAAACCCUACAGGUACACUCCCGACGGUCGCAACGAGAAGAAGAUGUCCUUGAAUCCGUAA